AGGGGGAUCGUACGAAAGAGUACGGUGCGAGCAGAGAGAGAGAGUAACCGAACCGCUGCUGGACGGGUUGAGCGUAAGACGCCAAGGAAGGAGGGUUAGGAAAGGCGGCGGCAAGUGAAAGUACCACCGCAACCGCCGCCCGGCCAAAGCACCGAACUGGGUCAGCGCCGUCAGGCUGUGUGUGUGUGUGUGCCGCUGCCUCCGUUGCUGCCGCAGCGCUCGCCUCCCGCGCCGCGCGCCGUCGCUGUGUUUCGCCCGCCGUGCUUCUCCAAGACGACGCCGACGACGACCAGAUCGGCCGCGCACGCUACCGACGCUGCGCUGUCCGUGUAGCAAGCACGUCGCACACACACACGCGCGCGCGCCGCCGUCGCCCGCUGCAGCCCAGCGGCAGCCAAGCAGGAGGAGGAGAUAGCGAGUGCGCGAAGUUCGCUCGGAGAAAAAGCAACCGACGACCUCGUGCCAGCAGCGAGACGCGAGAACUCCGGGAGCUGCUGCCUGGUUUGUGCGUCCGAACGGCAAGCGACGAAAGCGUUUGUUCUCUUCUCGGCGCAGCGAUGGAUGCGCAGCGCAGCAACAGUGCCCGCUGGAUAAUAUGAGUGGCCCGAGCGGAUUGCACGACUUGCACGAAGCCGCCGUCGGCAGCACGGGCCCGAGGCCGCCGCCACUGGGAGCAGCCGGACCACCGCCGCCUACCGCGCGGUGCACGGGGGAGUCCGGUCCACGAUGACCCACGCUACCCUGGCGGCGAUGCUGCUGCUUCUGGCUGCUACCUGGCAAUGCGACGGCGCCCAGCGGGUGCACGAGCGGCUGUCCGACUCUGAGAUCCGGCGUGUGUUCCGCGUGGCGUCGCGGGACGAGGUGCCCCAGUACGAGCUCGUGCAACUCCGCGCACGGAGGCACCAGCGCUCCGAGCGCGAAGUGGGCGGCGGCGGCGACCGAAGGGCCGUGUCCCUGCGGGCAUUCGGACGCCGCUUCGACCUGCGGCUCAAGCGGAACCGGGACUUCGAGCAGCGCGCCGCCAGGCUCCAGGUGCUGGCUGCAGAGAGCACGCCCAACGGACUCGCCUACACGCCGCUCAGGGCCAAGGAUGAAGAGGGGCCCGAUGAUCUCUGGUCCAAAGCAGGCGCCUACCAGGACCACACCAACAUGGCCGCCCUCGUCCUGAGCCAAGACAAGCUGGGACGCCUUCGCAUGGAAGGGACGCUCGGAGAAGACCUGGCCAUUUCUCCUCUUCCGACGCGGCUCAACGUGAGCGCGGACGAGACCUACUACGACGUCAGGGGCAGUGCCGACGACGAGGGCUUCCUGGACGAGGACGACGGCUCACCCAGGCACGUGGUCUUCAAACGGCCCGGCGGCAAGGGGUCGUCGUCGACUUCCAGCAAAGGAGGUGACGCCAACGGUGACGCACUCAGCGAUUACGCGCAGUUGGACGACGCCAUCUUCAGGUACAGGAUGGUGAGAAACAAGACGACAACAACGGCACCGCUCGGUCGAAAGUCCCGGCGACGGCGGGCCUCCGACCCGGACACGGUGUGGCCGGAGAUCCUGCUGAUCGUCGACUACGACACGUAUCUCCUGCACGGCCGCAGCCACACGGACAUCAAACGCUACCUGGUCAGCUUCUGGAAUGGCGUCGAUUUGCGGUAUCGGCUGCUCUCCAGCCCGCGGGUCAAGAUUAGCCUGGCGGGCAUGAUUGUGGCCAAGGACCGCGACGCAACGCCUUACCUGGAGCGGAAUCGGCUCAGGGCGCCCAACGAGGACGCUAUAGACGUUGCCGGAGCGCUGACCGACAUGGGAAAAUAUCUGUAUCGCGAGGACCGACUGCCUACCUACGACCUGGCGGUGGUGGUCACCAAGCUCGACAUGUGUCGACGGCAUUUGGAGGGUGGCCGCUGCAACCGUGGAACGGCAGGGUUCGCGUACGUCGGUGGCGCGUGCGUGGUUAACAAGCGGCUGGAGAAGGUCAACAGCGUGGCCAUCAUCGAGGACAGCGGAGGUUUCUCGGGCAUCAUCGUGGCUGCUCACGAGGUCGGACACUUGCUGGGAUGCGUCCACGACGGAUCGCCGGCGCCUGGAUACCUCGGAGGUCCCGGCGCCCAGCGUUGUCCUUGGGAGGACGGCUUCAUCAUGAGUGACCUGCGGCACACGGAGCGAGGUUUCCGCUGGUCUUCGUGCAGCGUGCAGCAAUUCCGUCACUUCCUGUUGGGCGAGACGGCCACCUGCCUCUACAACUACCCACACGAGAACCAGCUGCUGGCGCGCAUGCUGCCGGGAUCCAUGCUCAGCCUCGACGACCAGUGCCGAAGAGAUCGGGGAACCACCGCCUGCUUCAAGGACUCCCGUGUGUGCGCCCAGCUGUUUUGCUACGAUAGCUCGUCGGGCUACUGCGUUUCGUAUCGACCUGCGGCAGAGGGUUCACCAUGCGGAGACGGUCAAACGUGCAAGAACGGCCGCUGCAUCGCCGAGAUCGAGAACAUCAUCCCGGACUACACGCACGUGACGCCAUCGUUCGCCAGCGGCCGCUCGGUUGGGCGAGGCGGAGGCGGAACCGACGUGGCCCGGCGCAGGGCCGACUUCUCGUCCGAGGUGGUGGACGGACCGCGGCCGCACCUGAUGCCGGCGCCGCCCCCGCCCCCGCCGCCGUCGCACCACUCAACCGUGAGCCGAGCCCGGCAUCCGCAGAACCUGAGGCCCGCCCACCACCAGCGCACCACGAGGAAACCGCGCGCCCUGGUGGCCAACGACAAAGGUUGCGCAGGAGACAGCACGGAGCUGAUCGCCGGCCGCAUGACGUGCGCCCAGUUCCUGGAGCAGUUCGGCAACCGCUACUGCAACCACGGCUACAUCCAGAGGCACUGCUGUUACUCGCAGAGCCUUUACUGCUCCUAGACAGCCUGUGAUGUGACGCGCACCCAAGGCGAACGUACCUCAGCCACCAAAAAAGAAGACGACGAAACGCACUGGCUCUCCUUCUCUGCACCAGAGAAGGCAGCCCUGCUUGUUGCCAGGGAAGAAGACCACUUCGUCCUCCACGAGCCGUUAUGUGCGCAGACCAGUGGCCGUGCAGGAAAAGGCCCACAGUCAGAAGCUGGUAGCGGUCUGAGGCUCCGAUGGAGUCCUCCUGUUUGUUUUUCUGUUUUAUACUUGUUUUACGGACGUUGUUGAACUAUUCGAAGAGCCUCGUAUCGGGGAACUCCGCGCGAGUGUUGAACGCACUUCGGAAGGACUUUCAACGGUGGACCUCUGACGCGGCCUGCAAGAGGAGGUAGUUUGAGCUCAUCGGUACGCGCGUCGGAGUCUGCGCAGUUGGUUUAUUUGCCUGGUACCGUUGGAUAUAUGUUGGCAGAUGUUACGAAGGACGGUGUUAUAGCGUAGUAACGUUGGUGGUGUCGGCGCUUAGAAAUGUUCACAGCCCACAAGGCGGCGGGGGAAACUAAGAUGAUCGAAUGCACCGAAUACACAUAGCCGCGGAAUCGUGUGCCAAUAGCGUGGGACGAAAGAGUUGGCCUUGCCUUGCUUGCUGUGAACAUGUCUGACGCCUGGAUAGGUACGCAACUCGCUUGACGAGAAAAGGAGGUGCGUGCUCUCCGCUAAUUGUCUGCAUGUCGUAGUCCGUAGACGAGAUGAUUUCCGUGAGGGACAAGGCUGCAAGUUCUGUCGAGUUUUGUCUUUCAAGUGGGAAAAAAAUGCGACGAGCAUACGAGCUCGUCCUUUCGACUAGCCAAGAAUGCCUUGCUUUUAUCUCACGGAGUUAUACGGAAAGACAGGAAGGCACAUAUAUAUUCUUGUUAUUUUGUUAUCUUGUGCUCGUGGCUGCCCCACAGCCGUCAUUUCAUGAGCGUUGGCUCUUCAUCGGUAAGCGUUUCCGCGAUGGUAGUUACUAAGCUUUCGCACACGGUGUUUCUAAACGAUGAGGCAAACUGCAAAAUGCCAUUGCAGAAUUUUUUCCUUCACUCCAUUAGACAUUGCUGACUUCUUACUUUCUUUUUAUACAUGAAAAAAAGAUUCACUGUUAAAGGCAUCAGCUCAUCUCACCACACGUCUUUCCGUACUUGAGACACGCCCACUUAAGGAAACUUCGAGAUGAUCAUGUUGGAAGGUAGAGUUCGUUUCAGUGUCUACAACAAACUCUGAACUUCUUUGAUCUGUCCUCAGCACAAGAAAAAAGUGCUUAACAGAGUUCUUCCGAGGCGUCACUAUGCACACUGGAGUUCUCACACAACGACAGGUUCUUAGGCGGGAUCAAUAAGUAAGACGGGUACACCGCCUGUUCCGUAAAAAACAUCCUCUUUCUAAGUGCGCUUCAUACAACAUUCCAUAUUUAAUAUCUGUUAAAUGAAAUCUAUGUUUACUGUGAAAGAAAAAAAAGACUAUAUUAUGUGCAGGCCGCGCUUUGCUUCUAGGCCGCACAUCUCGACUCGCUUCAGUAUAGAAGUACUGUUCGUUGAAAUGCGUCAUUGGCCAUGUCAAGCCAUGCAGCUCUUUGACUUCGUUUCGCGUAGCGUCAACGUCGAAUGCUGCUUAAGCCGUUUCAGUGCAAAAGCGGCGCAAGGACACACACAAAAAAAGGCGUCACGCUUGGAACGACUGAAACCACUGCGCCAUAGCCCAACGCAAUAUUGAAGUCGUAGUGACUCACUUCUGAUUUUUACAGUGAAACCGCUGAGUCAGUGUACCCACGUGUUCAUUUCCUCUGUGAAAGGUGCGCACAGAAAUCACGUCUGAACUUCACCGGCAAGCGAAGGAGCGGCGAAAGAUGGCGCUCCGCAUUCGAAGAAACGAGCGAAGCGCCACGCUUCGUCAGCGCAUAUUCUGCUUCGCCAAAGCGACGGGACGACUCCGAGGAAGACACGUGACUCGCUGCUGACGCAUGCGCGUGCACGCGCCAGCGUCACUUCCGGCCAACAGUGGUGAUCUACGAACUGCGACAACGAGAGGGGACGGUGCGCGUUCAGUGAUAUUAUACAUACCUUCUGUGCAGCGAAGCAGCCGGACCGGAUGUUCGAAGCGACCUUUUUAAUACAUCGCCACCUAGAUAACAGAAGGCCUGUGUCAACACCUCCAUGUAUGUCGCACUUCGUGAGCUGUCACAUAUUGUCUCUCACUUUCUUUUUCUUGUUUUCUUUCUUCUAAUCGUACAAACUCACGAGAAUUUCAUUCGUUUAGUCGGUUGCGUCUGGCCAGAGACAAAAGUGAUUAGGUAAGCCAGCAGAGUUUCAAGCAUAAUUUCCCCCCCCCCCCCCCCCUCUGUUAUCUAAGUGGCCUUGUUCUGCAAGGAUUCUCGGUAGACGUCGAAUGCGCGCUAUGGGGCGGUGACACCUUAAGCGUACAUUUCUUCUCAGAAACAUGACCGUGUUCAUUUCCCUGUAGAUGACGCUCAGCAGACGCUGCUGUUUAUAAUCUUGAUCGUUGUCUUUGUGAACGUCCUUGCGGCGUUUACCGAAAAUUGGCGUUCACAGGAAAUAUUGUUACAUGGAAUGGUACAGGUCCGUAGUAAAUAUUGUAAAAUUCAAGCCUCUUUCUGUAAGCGCUCCUACCGUCUCAAGACACAUUUACCUAGCCGUAGCGUCAACAACAGGUUGGCAGAGCACCUACAAGUGUGGCUGCUCUUUCAAGCACACCAAGUGAUGGAUGUUUAAUUUCCACGCCUAGAGUACAUCCGUUACUGUUUUCAAGAAAAGGAGCGCGACUCAGGGUGCACGUCUAGGUGUCCCAUUUAGUCGAGCCUUCCUUAGGAUGCAUGUAUUCCUAGAGAGCGAGUAAUUAUCUUACUGCCGCUUAACCAAAAGGAAACGUGGAACAAGCUGCAAACACGCUACUAAGUUUAUAUUUAUUUGCUCUCAAUGCAGACAAUUUUUUUCCAAUAUAAUCAAGAAAACUGGAUGUACUUCUCGGGCCAGGAUUCAGGGAAGGGAUGACAAGGAGCGCUAUACAGGAAUUGCGCUCUUGGGUAAUUGCCGCUACCCCAAUGCGCAUUUAGUGAGGCGUCUACCGAGAAACCUUAGCCAAAGUGCAGUGCGGUGUGUCGUCUUCCUGACGCCACCGCGCACGCACGAGCGCAGGGUGGCGGAUUGCGUCCCGUGAAAUAAAAAAAAAAAAGGAAGAAGAAUCUCUAGGGACGAAUUCCGCGGCCUGCGGUGCUUCAAGGCAGCCGCGCGAGGAGGCGUGGUGAUCACGUGUCUAUCGCGCCCGGCUCUCUUGCGGCGCGUGUUUUCUGUCUGUUAAGCUUCUGUUUCCUCUCACGGAAGAGUAUUUAUAAACCAUUACCAAAAGACGCGAAAAAAAAAAGACAAAAACACGAAAAAGAUGAAUAAAAACUUGUUUUUUU